AUGGCUUUGUAUAAUGAAAGCCUGCUGGAGGAGGAGUGCGGCUUCAUGGGGCCGGACGCGGCAGAAGAGGCAGCGGAAAGUCUCCCGUUGGAUGCUGCGACUCCCCUCAUAUCAGUCACUCUGCGUGUGACCCUGGCAGCCAUAAUGAUCUUCAUGAUCACCAUCGGUUUCCUCGGCAACGCCAUCGUGUGUCUGAUCGUUUACCAGAAACCCGCCAUGCGUUCCGCCAUCAAUCUCCUCCUCGCCACGUUGGCCUUUUCGGACAUCAUGCUCUCCCUGCUCUGCAUGCCCUUCACCGCAGUCACCGUGGCCACGGCCGACUGGAGCUUCGGAAGCGGGUUCUGCCGAGCGUCCAUCAUGCUCUACUGGCUGUUCGUCCUGGAGGGUGUGUCCAUCCUCCUCAUAAUCAGCGUGGACCGCUUCCUCAUCAUCGUGCAGCGGCAGGACCAGUUGACCCCGCACAGAGCGAAACUGUUGAUCGCAGGUUCGUGGGUGCUGAGCCUGUGCGUGUCUCUGCCGUCCGUCGUCGGCUGGAGGACGGGCGCGGCGAGCAUCGGGGGCGCCUGGGCGCCGCAGUGCGUGCUGGGUUACAGCGAUUCUCUGGCAGACCGCGGGUACACGGUGCUGUUGGCGGUCGCGGUGUUCUUUGUGCCGUUUGCCGUCAUGCUGUACUCUUACAUGUGCAUCCUCAACACUGUGCGCCGCAACACCCUGCGCAUCCACAACCACACCAGUGAGCAUUCCUGCCUGCCGGCCCUCAACCAAGUCAGCAAAAUGACACUCACGGGCCUGCAGCGGCCUCCUCAGAUCAAGGUGGACAUGAGCUUCAAGACCCGGGCCUUCACGACCAUCCUCAUCCUCUUUGUGGGUUUCUCCGUGUGCUGGCUGCCGCACACGGUGGUCAGCUUGCUGGCCGUGUUCAGCCGGCGGUUCUACUACAGCUCCGUCUUCUACCCGGUCAGCAUCGGAGCCCUGUGGCUCAGCUACCUGAAGACGGUCUUCAACCCCGUCAUCUACUGCUGGAGGAUCAGGAAAUUCCGGGAGGCCUGUCAGGAGUUCAUUCCCAAGAGCUGCAGACUGUGUCCCAGAGUGCCGGGCAGGAGCCGCAGGAGAGUGAGACCCAGCAACAUCUACGUGUGCAGCGAGAUUCAGUCGGCGGUGUGAAGCGAAGGGAGGGCCGGUUCAUCCACGCCCAGCAGGUGUCGACAUCAACCGGUUAUAACUCGUACCGUUCCUCCUAAUAAGCAAUCAGAACUCACUUUACACACGUAUACCGGUGUUUGAGAAAAUAAUCUCACCACAAGAAUGAACUUUCAUUCUCACUUUUGAAUAGAAGAUGAUUAUUCUACGACAACUGGACAACUCCAUCCAUUGAAGAAGGUCACGGGAUAUAAUCGGAAGCUCCGUAACAGCUACUGAAUAGAACUUGUGAUGAUUUUGUGUCUCAUUAUAAAGCAAUUCUUUUUAA